AUGGCAGCUGAUCCCCUCCUCCAGGAGUUUGUGUAUGAAACAACUUGUCCCCUUUGCCUGGAGCCCUUCAAAGUCCCUGUGAUGGUGGACUGUGGGGACAAUUUCUGCCAAGACUGCCUGAUCCAGUUCUGGGAAGAGACGAGCGCAGACUCAUCCUGCCCUCAGUGUAGAGCGGCGGUCCGGUAUAGGAGCUUCAUGCCAAACUGGAAGCUGGCAAAGUUUGUUGAGCUGGUCAAGCGACUUCAGGAGGACAAAUACAGGAAAGACGAGAGCAGAGAGUGUGCAGUACAGCAGGAGCCCCUGAAGGUCGUCUGCGAGGAGGGUCAAGCCCUGAUCUAUGUGUCAUCUGACAAGUCCAAAGAGCACCAAGACCACAGUUCGGUUCCUACGGAAGAGGCUUCCCAAGAAACCAAGAAACAACGCCUCUGGCUAGAUCAGCUGGAAAAGCUGAAGGAAGAGGCAAAGCACGGGCUGGAAGAAGACUUUGCCAAAAUGUCUGUCAAGAUCGCUCUGCUCAGUGAGCUGACCACGGAGAUAGAGGAGACGUGCCAACAGUCAACAAGUAAAUUCCUGCAGGACAGCAGAAGUGCCUGGAGUAGUUACGGGAAACCUUUAGGAAAGAAAGAACUGGAUCCUUCUCUCACUGUGGAAGAUAUGCAUGGUGUUGUGUCUCAGAAAGGUUCUCUUUACCGAAAGGCUGUUGAGGACUAUAAAGGUACUGUGGAAGAAGCAGAGUCUCUAGAGCAAGCUUGGAGUCUGCGAAGGUUGGAACACGCACUAGAAACAGCGGAUUCCCAGAUGCAGUCCAUGAAUAAAGUGGAUGUGAUUCUGGAUGUGUACACGGCACAUCCCCAUCUUGUGGUGUCGAUGGACAUGAAGGAUGUGAAGCUAACGUCGAAAAAGAAGAGUGAAUGGUGGAGGAAGAAGAUGCUGGUUAACCCCUCGCGAUUUUUCUGGGAGCCCUGCGUCCUGGGCUGUGAGAAACUAGUUUCAGGAGUCCAUUGGUGGGUGGUGGAAGUGUCGGGGACCGGAAGCUGGGCUGUGGGGGCCACAGUGGAAACAGUGAGGAGGGGGCGUACACUCCUUAAUCCCGAAGAAGGGACCUGGGCUCUGGGGAAGCCCUACAGUGGCACAUUCUCAGCCCAGGAUGUCUUGGCCUUAACUUUCCCUGAACCAACCCUUCUGAGCCUGAGCAACAACCUCAAGAAGAUCCUCGUAGUCCUGAAUUAUGAAGGGGGCAGUGUGGACUUCUUUGAUGCAGACAAUAACAGAGCUCUCUUUAAGUUCCGAACAGACACCUUUGAUGGGGAAAGCAUCCGACCUUAUUUUCAAGUGAGAGAAUGUGGGCUCAGUCUCAAGUGCUGA